AUGGUCGCUGCAGUCAACGGCCACAGGCCCAAGUCAAAGAAUCAGCUUCGGCGGCUCAAACUCAAGCAACGCAAGGCAGAUGCUGUGGCAACCCAAAAUGACGAUGCCCCUUCAGCCAUGAAUGUGGAUGACGAAUCCGAAGAGGAUAACAAUGUAGAGUACGUCCCAGAGCAGUUGGAUGCCAGCGAAGGCUUUUCCGACGUGUUUGCUCGUUUUCAGCUGCCUACAGAGGCAUCUUCUGGAAAAGAGAACGCACUCGGCAAGGGUGAAAUAAUAUACUCAGACGACGAUAUGGCUUCAGAAGCAGACUCUGAAGACGAGGAGAAGAAGCCUCUUUCGAAGAAGAAAAAACGGAAACUCUCCCGGUUAACCGUCGCAGAACUCAAACGUCUAGUCAAGAAACCAGAAGUUGUUGAGUGGACAGAUGUCACUGCUGCUGACCCCCGGCUCCUACUUCAUCUUAAAUCCUACCGAAACACAAUACCGAUACCAAUACACUGGUCAGCAAAGCGCGACUAUCUGCAGGGAAAGCGUGGUAUCGAAAAACCACCAUUCCAACUCCCCUCCUACAUCGCCGACACGGGAAUCGCUACCAUGCGAGACGCUGUGAAGGAGAAGGAAGCGAAUAUGAGUCUCAAAGCCAAAACGCGAGAGAGGGUGCAGCCAAAGAUGGGUAAAAUCGACAUCGACUACCAAAAGCUCCACGAUGCAUUCUUUAAAUUUCAGACCAAGCCGCCCGUAACGGGAUUCGGCGAAAUGUACUAUGAAGGCAAAGAGUUUGAAACUUCUCUCAAAGAGAAACGACCUGGGGAUCUCUCGCCUGAGCUUGUGGAGGCCUUGUCGAUUCCACCCCUUGCCCCACCUCCAUGGCUCAUCAGCAUGCAGCGCUUCGGUCCACCACCAAGUUAUCCUACGUUGCGUAUCCCUGGUCUCAACGCACCAAUUCCUGAAGGUGCACAAUGGGGCUUCCAUCCCGGAGGUUGGGGUAAACCGCCGCUGGACGAAUAUAACCGACCACUGUACGGAGACGUUUUCGGUGUUCUUCCUAAAGCAACAGACGCUAAUAUGGGAGAGCCCAUUGACAAAUCUGUUUGGGGUGAGCUCGAACCCGAAGAAGAGGAGGAAGAGGAGUCUGAAGAAGAAGGAUCUGAUGUUGACGAAGAAAUGCCUGCUCCAGCUGACGGACUGCAAACGCCAUCUGGAUUGGAAACGCCCUCGGGAAUGACCAGUGUUGUUUCGACUGUUGCUGGUGGACUUGAAACACCAGACUUUUUGGAGUUGCGCAAGGGCAGAGCAGCAUCCGAGGUCCACGACGGACCCCGGUCGCUUUAUCAGGUCGUACCAGAAAAGCAAACAAGUGUGCGUGGACUUAUGGGCAGCGAGCGAGGAUAUGAUGUUAGCGCUGUUGCUGGGGGCUUGCCGGUGCUUGGGGACGACCGAUCUUCUUCUUCAAAGAGGAAGAAUGGCGUUGACGUCUCUAUUGACGCUGCUGAACUGGAAGGCAUGUCUGAAGAGGAACUACGGCGGAAAUACGACGCCCAUUCGCGAGGCUCUGCUGGUGUGCCCGGUUCCAAGGAGGACUUUUCAGAGUUUGUGGCCAAAGAGAUGGCUAGUCGCGGUAAAAAGCAGCAGGCUCAACAGCGCGAUCGGGAGGCAAAAAAGAAAGAGUUCAAAUUUUGA